UGGAGGCAGAGGUCCAUUUCUCCUUUGAGAAUGACAGCAAAGGAGAGACAUUCCUUUUGGACCCUCCCAGCAUGAGGCUGCAGCCCAAAGAGAAGAAGAAGCUGAGUAUUUGGGCAUACCCGACUUCCACUGGCCUCAUGCAAGACAGUCUCAUCUGCCGCGUCAAGGACAACGCAGAGCCAGUGGUGUUCCGACUGUGCUGCGAAGGGGUGCAUGUGAAGCUGGGGGUCAGCCCCCAGGAGCUCCAUUUCAACAAGCUUCUUCUGCACAGGACUGGCACCCAGACCCUGGUCCUGAAAAAUGACAGCCCACUGCCCAUGGCAUGGCAUCUGAGUGGGCUGGAGGACCUUGGAGAAGAUUUUUCUGUGUCACAAGGCAGGGGCAUUGUUGGGCCCCGGACAGACUUAGAAGUUAAACUGAAUUUUAAGGCUGAGAAGAUUGGCAUCAUAAAUAAGAUGAUCCGAGUGGAGGUUUCAGAUACAGAAAACAUCCUGGGCAUUGUUCAUGCGGAAACCAUCAAAGUCUCUGUGGAGGUCUGUGAUGUCAGUCUGAGCAUCAACAUGCCUGAAGGUCCAGAUGGCAGCGUGAAUUUUGGAACCAUUAAUGUCUUUGAUAAUAAGAAGGAAGUCCUCAGUCUUAAGAACAAAGGCUUAUAUGACAUUGAGUACAGUUUCAGACUGACAACUGGAAGUUCCAAGAAGGGUGACUUGAAAUCUCAUUUCACUGUCCAGCCACAGAAGGGUGUGCUGAAAGCCUCCAAGCCACCUGUGAAAGUUGAGAUCCUCUUCCACCCUAUGACUGAAAUGCUUCUCAAGAGCAAACCCAUCCUGCUCUGCCAGGUCUUUGAUCCCCAAGUGGGUAAAGGAGGUGAGACUGUUGCCACCAUCCCAGUGAGGGUGUCGGCGAGAGCAGUGUACAGCAAGUACAGCAUCGAGCCUGCCUCGCCCAUCGACUUCGGUACCAUGAUUAAGGGCACCAAGAAGACCCAGGUCUUAACUGUAGAGAACAAAGGCGCCCUCAACUUCAAAUUCUUCAUCCACCAAGCACCUCCACUGCAAAGUUCACAGCAAGAGGAAUCUGCCCCCUCGGUCAGGGAAAAAACGCACUCGACACAGGCUCAGCUCACUGUAGGCAUGUUCACCGUGUCCCCUUGCUCCGGCUCCAUCGGUCCUUGGGGCAAACAAAACAUCACAGUGGAUUGCAACGCAGGAGCAGAGGGGAAAUGCGAGGAGAGGCUGUGCAUUGACAUCAGCAACAGAGACCCCAAGGACAAUCCCCUCGGCGUUCCCUUUAUCCUGACUGCCGAGUCCUGCUUCCCAGCGCUUGUUGAAGAUGUCACAUCCAUCUUUGAGAAGUACCCGAUCCACAGCAACGUCAAUCUCCACCAGACAUUACAGUCAGUGCAAGGCAACGGUGUUUUCAUCAGAGAUGAUAACACAUUCAUCUUCACCAAAGUUCUGGUUGGGCAACGGGCCACAGCUCACUUCAAGAUCUCUAAUGCCAGCUGUAUCCCAUGUAAUGUGGUCCUCUCCAUCAAAGCCUUGCCUGGAGAGCCUCACAGCCUCAUCCACAACAUCUUCAAGUUGGAUCCUGUUGAGAUGAAGAUUCCUGGCUUAUCUCACGCCUUUGCAACAGUGACCUUCACUCCAGAAGAAAAGGAGGACUACCACUGUACUUUCACAGCUUCCGUUGUUAUCCCAAAAGGCAGCUCUGUGAAUACGAAACCCCAACACCUGACCUUCACUAUCAGUGGAGAGGGGCACGUGCCUCAGGUGACAGUCGAGUGCCCGGGCCUUCGGAGCAAGAGAGGAAACCCUGUGCUGCGCUUCAGGAGGCUCCUGCUGGGGGAUUCACAGACACUGCCCCUGGUCCUUCGUAACGAUGGCGUCAUACCCACAGAGUUUACAGUUCAUAUCGUGGAUGACAAGGGAGUUUUCUUUAUGAAAGGCACGCAGUCCGCACUCCGUGCCUUCCACAUUGGAGACAUGGAAGAAGAGUCCACUGGAAAAGCCAAGAAGCAUCCCAAGAAGCCCUACAUGCUCCUGGAACACGGGCAAUCAGCAGAAUUUGAUGUGUUUUUCAAACCCACCCUGGCCCAACGUGUGGAAGGGAAGAUCCGUGUGCCACUGUCAGGCAACAAUGAGAUCAACAUAGAGCUGGUGGGUGAAGGCUACGACGAUGACUUCACCUUUGAUAACGUCCCUGGACUAGCAGAAGACAGCGAGAAGAGCAAUGCUGAGGGCAGUCUGGAGGACGACAUCAUUGAGGCUAUCAGAGCAAAUCACAUAGAGUUCGGGGACUGUGCAGUCAGGGAGCUCUGCGAGAAGACCUUCACAGUCACCAACCGCAGCAAGGAGGUGAUGCGGUUUGAGUGGCUGGCAGACGUCCUAUUCCGGUUCUCCCCCAAGGUGGGACACCUCCAGCCUGGCUGUGCCAAGGAUAUCAGAGUGACCUUGAAAUCCAAAGUCCAGGUCACCAUCAAAAGGCACUCUGUGAAGUGUAAGGUGGACAAGAUCAAAUACCAGCUGCCACCAGAAGAGGUUUACAACUGGGACGAUGGAAUGUACACUGAGAAAUGGGAGGACACCACUGAGAGAUUACCAGGAGCCCGCUGGCCUAUCAAGGAGAAGGUGGCCAAGGCAGUCCCGGAACCACCUCACACCGUCCUGGAGAAGAGCAGCCGCAAGGUUGAGCUUUUCCUCAGUGCUCAGGUUGACUAUGCCAAGUUCAAAUUGGACACCAUCGAGGUUCAGAUGAAGCAGACUGAGCCCUUCAAGACAGAGAUAAGCACUUUCCAGAUGUCCAAUACAGGCAAAGUAGCCCUGAAAUACUUCUGGGAGGUGGAUCUGGAGGAGGAAAGACCAUCAAAGAGUUCUGGAAAGCCGUUCUCGGUCACUCUGAUGCGUUAUUUCUUGUCCUCUGAUACUGUGGAUCACUGGUUCAAGCAUCGUGCAAGUCGGGUGCACUGGGCGUCGCCGCUCGAGUCAACUCGGCCCCAGUCAAGUCGGCCCCACUCUACUCAGCCCACGCCAAGUCGGCGCCGUUCAAGCCAGAUGACCUGCCUUUCGAAGUACGUUAGUUCCUCCAUGGAACUGUAUCCAGAUGACUUCAAUGACCCACCGCUGUUCUCCAUUGAGCCUGACUGUGGUACCAUCCCUGCUGGACAAAAUCAGAUUUUCCAAGUGAAAUUCUGCCCGACGCGUGUGGGGGAAUUUAAGGCUGAAAUGCUGUGCAGCAUUCCUAACCUGGAGCCAUCUCAGAAGAGCCCAUCGGUGUUUGUGAUGGGGAAAGGCUAUUUGCAGAAGGCUGGUCUGAAACACUCUACAUCACUGCAAAAAGGUGAAACCCAGAGCAGCAAACCAAAGAAGGUGCAGCGGUCAGCAAAACCAGAGUGACACCAUUUGUGUCAUGGCUUCUUCUGCUCAUGGUUUCCCAGCCUUCACCAGAGGCCUCCCCAGCUGCUCUUCAACCCCCAACACCCAUCUCUACGUCAUCCACAUACUACCUAAUAAACUGUGUCUCAACCCACAA